GUACCUUUUAAAAAAUCGCUCUCUCUCUCUCUCUCUCUCCCCCUCAAAGCAAUCCGGCUUCCUUCUAUGGCUUCCUCUUUUCAUCAGUUCCUUCUUCUUCUCUGUUGCUCCGUCUGGUACCUUACCCACAUAUCUCAAUCUCAGAGUUCCCCCUUACCAAAUGCUCUGCUCCUCCCCAUCACCAAAGAUGCUACAACCCUCCAAUACGUGACCAAAAUCCUUCACGGCACUCCACUUGUACCGGUCAACCUUGUAGUCAAUCUCGGCGGUCCACUCCUCUGGACUGACUGCUCCUCCAGAUUCGCCUCAUCCUCUAGCCGUUCGAUUCCCAGUCGCUCGAUCAAAUGCUCAAGAGAAAAAGCCCAUGAUCUUGGGACCAAGAGGACUACUUGCCCCUCUAGCGCCCAACCGUGCGAGGUUUCCACAGAAAACGGGAUCACACGAAUGGCCACACGGGGAGAACUUGUAGAAGACAUCGUAGCCGUUGGGUCCAUAGCCGGGUCAAAGGCGACCGUCGAUCAAUUCGUCUUCUCCUGCGCGCCCACGUUCUUGCUGAAUGGCCUAGCAAGCGGCGCCAAAGGAAUGAUGGGCCUCGGAAGAACUCCCAUUGCUCUGCCGUCACAAAUAUCCACGGCUCUAGGCACCCAACAGAAAUUCACAAUCUGCCUGUCAUCAUCGGACGGCAUCCUAGUAUCCGACCAAGGGCCCCACGACUCUGUUUUCGGCCCUGAAAUUUCAAGGUCUGUAACGUACACACCCCUGUUCUCCUUACAAGAACACUCCAUCGGCGUCAAAUCCAUCAAAAUAAAUGGCAACCGAUUAUCCCUCAACGCAUCACUGCUAUCCUCAAAUGGGGGGACCAAAUUAAGCACGAUUGUCCCCUACACGACCAUGGAGAGCACAAUAUACGCGACAUUUAUCAAAGCUUACAUUCAAGCCGCUGCUUCAAUGAAUAUGACAAGGGUGGCAUCUGUGGCACCUUUUGGCCUUUGCUUCAGCUCAAAGGGCAUCGACAGCAAGCAGCUGAGUUUAAAAGUGCCGGCUAUUGACUUGGUGCUGCAGAGUGAGAUGGUGAAGUGGAGGAUAUUGGGUAGAAAUUCUAUGGUCCGGGUAAACGACGAAGUGAUGUGCUUGGGAUUCUUGGAUGGAGGUUUGAACCCAAUGACUUCGAUCGUGUUAGGGGGAUAUCAAUUGGAGGACAUCGUGCUACAGUUUGAUUUGGGUACUUCUAUGCUGGGAUUUAGCCCGUCUCUGCUGAUGUGGGAGAGAUCUUGCUCCGACUUCAAAUUUGACUCCUGGCCUAAAUACUCUUUGUAAAUUGUUUUCUCCAUUUCCCUCUUCUUGGAAAACGGUGGGGGGUUGUAAAUAUUUGUACUACUUCCCCCCGGCUUGUUCUUGUAUUUAUCUUUUAAGGAUGUAAAUGAAGAGAGUUGUUCGCGAUUA